AUGCUUAAGUCUACUUUCUUCUUGACCCUAGCUGGUCUUUCCACCUUGAUGGAGGCUACGCCUCUCAAGCCCCGAGGUGGAGGUAAGCGUGGUCUUGCCUUCCCAAAACAGUACUCAGGUACUGCCGGAUCACAGUACACACACAGCUUUGCAGGGUGUUCCAAGGUUACAUGGAUGUACGACUGGGAGGCUGUCAUUGAUGGAGAUGCAAUCAGCCUAGAAUACGUACCAUUGCUCCAUUCCAAUGAGGCCUGGUGCACCGAGGGCUGGUUCAAUAAUAUCGCCAAUGCUCAGAAAAAGUACCAAGUUUCACAUGUACUUGCUUUCAACGAGCCGGAUCAGACUGGUGGCGGCGGCACCAAUAUGGCAGUUGGCGAUGCAGUUGCGGCAUACCGAAAGUACAUUCAACCGUUGGCAAAGCAAGGACUGAGACUCGGGUCACCGGCAGUGACAAAUGGCAACGAGGCCAACAAGGGCAUCAACUGGCUGAAGCAGUUCGUUGCUGGUUGCAGUGACUGCCAAAUCGACUUCGUUGUCGCGCACUACUACGCUUGGGACAAGGCUGAGGACUUCAAGAACUACCUAAAGAACUUCCACCAGACUUUCAACAAGCCGCUCUGGGUCACGGAAUUCGGUGUCACCGAAGGCAAUGCUGAUGCCUUCUUGGCCCAAGUAUUGCCUUGGUUAGACUCUCAGGAUUGGAUUGAGCGCUAUGCGUAUCACAUGGUGGCUCCUAGCAGUGGCAGCCAGUGGCUGAUCAAUGCUGCUGGCAGCGGCUUGUCUUCGACUGGGCAGGUCUAUGCUUCCGCUUGA